ACAUACGUGGCCCCGUCUGUGCUGACGGAGAUGGCCACCCAGCCCUGGAUCUCCGAGCGUGGGCCUCGCUCGCCCCGCAAGAGCUACAAGAAUGAAAGCCUACUGCUCAACAACGGGCUGGAGGGCUUCUACCAGGCCAACGCGGCGGCCGCCCACGCCAUUGCCACCCAGCGAGGCAACCACCCGGGCCACGUGAACCAGGGACCAACCACGGUGGUGGCAUCGUCGCGGGCCGUCAACGGCUACGACACCUCGGCGCAGGAAGACAUGGACACCUCGGGGGGAGCAGCGGCCGCAGCGACCGCCUCAACGUCGGGAGGCGGCGUGACGUCAUCGCAGGGCGGAGCCACGGGCGGCGUGCACCACAG